UUUUUUUUUUUUUUUACGUCAAUUAAUUUUUUUAAAUUGAACAAGAAAAAAAAUAAACAAAUUUUAAAAAUUUUUUAGUGCUAAUAAUUAUAAUAAUACAAUGAUUAAUUGUUGUUAAUAUGAUGAAAAAAAAAUUCAUGAUAUCAAGGUAUAUUAUAACAGCUACAUGAAAUUAUUUAUUAAUUGUAAUUGUUUGUGAUUUACAGGUUGUUUGCGCUGAAUGUAACAUACGAGCCAUUUAUGUAUUUGUCAGUACCAUUACCACAUGCUAUGGAACGUCAAUUAACUGUAACAUAUGUACCAGCAUCAAUUGAACCAGCAACAAAAUGUGUUUUAUCAUUAAACAAACAAUCACGUGUUGUUAAAAUGAAAGAAGAACUUAUUAAAUUACUUGGUAUUGAUGAUGUAUCAAUAAACAAUAUUGCAUUUGCUGAAGUUUUAGAAGAUCAUAUCGCAACAAGAAUAUUGGAUGACAAUAUGCAAUUGAGACAUGUUGAUGAUACAAAUAGAACAAUAUAUGCAUUUGAAUUACCUGAACCACCAGCUGAAUCAACUACAACAACACCUGAUGCUACUAGUAAUGAUCGUUUAACAGAUACUGAUUUAACAAAAAAUAAUACAAAUGAUUAUGUUGAAAUUGGACCAUGUAUUGUAUGCCUUGAAGAAUUGGAUGGUGACUUGAGUAGACAUGAUGAAAAUAAUUGUAAAUUUGUUGUUUGUGAUAAUUGUAUUGAGGGAUAUUUUAAAGUAUCACGUGAUUGUCCAUGUUGUCCACGUAAAGUUGAUAGAACGUCAUUUACAAAAAUUGAUCCAACUAGAAGACCACGAGUGAAUGAUUAUGUUGAAAUUGGACCAUGUAUUAUAUGCCUUGAAGAAUUGGAUGGUGACUUGAGUAGACAUGAUGAAAAUAAUUGUAAAUUUGUUGUUUGUGAUAAUUGUAUUAAGGGAUAUUUUACAAGAUCACGUGAAUGUCCAUGUUGUGCACGUAAAGUUGAUAGUACGUCAUUUACAAAAAUUGAUCAAACUGGAAGACCAUGACCAGCAAUUGGAAUAUUAAAUGUACCACUUGUAUUACGUCAUGAUACGACUGAUGAAGCACCAAAUAAUUGUGAAGGAACUAAAUUAUUUGGUAAUCCACAUCUUGUUAAAUUACCAUUACGUAUUAAUGCCAAAGAUUUACAUGAUGUUAUUAAAAAAAUUGUACAAGAUAAUGAAUAUACCAUUCAUUAUGUUGAUGGACAGGAACAUCACUGUUCUUGAUGCAGGGACAUUGCCUUUUUGAAUAAUAAAAGCCAUCUAGUAGAAGUAUCUAGAGUAUGUUUGAAACUUCAAGCUAUUGCUAAAAUUAUAAAUAUAAUUAUUGUUUAAAAUGAAUAAAUAAAUUGAAAUUAACUCUAUCAAGAAAAAAGAAAUUCAAAACUAGUUAUUCGAUUUAUUUGUACAUUAUUUAAUAAAAAUAAUAAAAAUUGUCUGUAAAUAAAUUAAAAGCAACUUAAUAUUUUUAUUAAAUUAAAUUUUUUACAAUUACAUUUUUUAAAAUUGUAUUUAAAUAAUAAAUACAAAAUGGAAAAUAUUUUAUGCAAUCGACCAUUUAUUGCUACUAGCAAUUUUCCAAAGACUUGAUAAAUUAUUAAAUGAACCAGACUCAAUUGAUUCACCAGUAAAUUCAAAGACAAAAGAUUUUUCAAAUCGAAAAAAAUAUUUUUUUAUAAAGCUUUUGAUAAGACAAUUAAUAAUUAAUUUAUCCUGUUUCUUUCAAUGGAAAUUCUGAAAUAUUUAAUUUGUAAUUAUUACUAAUUAAUAAACAACGAAAUUUUAAUUAAUAAAAAAAUUGUGGAAUAAA